AUGGUACGACUGUCAGUGCAUGGCUUGGAUGCGCAGGAGCUUUGCAAGGUGGAGUGCGAGAAGGGAGUUCUGGGGCGUCAGUUAAAGGAAGCCAUCGAGGAAGCUACUGCCUGGCAGGAGUUGGUUUGCACGCAAAGUCUGGCCAUUGGCGGCCAACUGAUUGCGGAUCACGAGCCGCUCUCGGAUGUUGCAGAUGGCGCUUCAAUUACUCUGACCCGGCGCCCCUUGCCGGAGAAAGUCCUCCAAGCGGUCCCCGGAGAGCAGCGGAAGUCGCUGGCGUUGGCCCUGCGGCACUUUGAAACCAGCGCUGUGCUGGUCCAAGUGCCGAUGCAUGGCUACGCUUUUGGUAUCCCAUGCCAGGAGGACAAGGCCAAAGCGCUCUACAAAGACAUGGCGCAGGGGGUUGAGGAGGACGAGGUCCAGUUCUUAGCCCUGGACGCUUCGAGCUGGCAGAGUGUCCUGCCAUGGGAUGAGAUGGGUGUUCCAUUUCAAGAGAUCUUGGCGGUGUUGUCCUUGCAGUCCGAUUGCAUGUUGAUUGGUGACGGUCUCAGCGAGGCCUCUGGCUGCGUUCUUUUGCUGGAUGGCUCCUUGGUGGCCUUUGCCGCUUUUUUGGAUGAGGCAGACCGCAGAGUGAACUACAGCUCCUCCUGCGUCUGUGCCCGGGACUCGGCGAAGACCUGCGAAGAGCUUUGGAAGAAAUAUCCGGGCUUCAUGAAGAGCCUGGCCAGCCCUCUGGGCGACACCUGGAAGUCGCACCGGACGGAGAAGGCCACAGAGCCUAUGCCACCGCUGAGGGUGUCGGUGAUGGACAGCGGCUGGGGUGUGGACUUUGAGGCGCGCGGCUUGCGCCGAUUCCGUCCCUCCAGGGCAGGGCUUCCGAACCUGCCAGCGGCAGCAUACACACCAGAGAUGCCAAAGUGGCUGCAGGAAGCCUUGCAGGAGAUCAGGCCAAGCUGUGACGCCUUCAACUGGGCCUGUCAUGAGGUGGAACAGAUUUGCGGGCCUGAGCAUAUGAAAGGUCGAGGCAGAGGCAAAGGCUAUAGCCCGGGUCCUUGCCGCCGCACCUUUGCCGAAGCCUGUGCCAUGCUGCGAGAGAAGCUGCAGUCAACGCAGCGUUUGGAGCCCGUUUUGACCGCGUUGGCAGCUGCAGAGCCACCGGACAGCACCUCCUAUAGCCUUUCUGAUCUCCGAAUGAAGCACAUUGCCAGCCUGCCAACCGACACUGAUGGACGCAAGUGCCCGAAGCAGCAUGAAGCGGCUGCUGUGCAGAUCCAGCGCUCCGAGUUGUGGAAGGGAGGCCCUGUCCGGCCAGCGGCUUCUUCAGCGCGUGCGCCUGGCACAGAAGGAGCUGAGCUCCUGCAGCGGUUCCUGGUGGCUGACACGCCAAAGGCGGUAGGCUUGCCGGCCAGCAGCUCGGCGUGCGUGAAGACGUGCGCCCACGCCCCUGGAUGCCCGGAGCUCCACGGGCUGCAGAUGGCUGCAGCUUUCCGUGGAGGCCAGAACUUGGCUUGGCUCAGCGCGCUGCGCGCAAGUUCAUGUGGGCCCCUGGACUCGGAGCCGGAGCCGGAGCUGAAGCUGCGGAAGGCGAUGGCAGGGCCCUGCAUGGAGGACUUUGAGCUGCAACAGCGCAUUGCAGCGCCAAAGCUCAAGCCGAGCGCGUCAAGCCUCUCAGAGGGCACCGUGGUCGGGGAGCAGCGCAGCUUCCGUUCCGGCACCAUCAUUUCCGAGGGGGACGGGCUUGUCAUGGAGAAGACGUUGACAUCCGGCAGCUUCACCAGCUUCAGAGGCAGCUCGGAGGUGAGCGACGACGAACUGCCCGAGUUGAGCCCGGAGCUUGCCCACUUGCCCGAGGCUCUGCUGAGCCUGCCGGGAGUGGUCGAAGAGCUGGAGAUGGUGGUGGAGGAGAAGCGUGGUGAGGCUCGGCGGAAAGCUGUAGAGGAGGAGUGCCGGAAGUACCUCAGGUGGGAGGCGCACGAGAAGCCGCUGAACCAGCUGGGUGACGCGGACAUCCAUCCCAACUUCCUGAACGGCAACCUCAACCGCUACGCGGUGAUGGCGAACCACGCGCUUCAGCAGAAGGAUGCAGCCCUGUCUCCGCUCAUCGACCCGCUGCCACCCACGAGCUCGCCCUCGGUCUUGGGCGACCGACCCGGCACUUCCCGGCCCGGCACACGGGGGUCCCCUGUCUCGGCGUCCCGGCCCGCGUCGGCGUCCCGGGCGUCGCUCUCCCGCCCAGCCUCAGCCCUGAAACCCGCCGCCUCGCGCCCGGGCUCCGCGGCGCGCCCGGCCUCGGCCUCCGCGGCGCGGGCGGCCUCGGGGAAGCCCAGCCGGCAAGGCACGGUGCAGGCCUGGGUCCGCCCGGAGAGUGCCAAGAAGACCGCCAAGCGCCCAGGGAGCGCACGGCCGCCGCGAACCCCGCUGAACGCGCCCGCCCGGAUAGAGGUGGCGAAUUUCUGA